GGCGAUGACGUCAUUUUUACGGAAUUUCCCCAGACCUGGCAACCCUCGGCAAUACUUAAGCGAGCAAACGCAGUUUCUCGCUCUUUCUCUUUCACUGCGCGAAGCGGGGACAGUCCACAGCCUCGUAGAGACCAUCACCACUCCACUUCAUCCAAGUAAACAUGUCUAAGGGUAUAGCUGUCGGCAUUGACCUUGGGACGACCUACUCCUGCGUAGGCGUCUUCCAACAUGGCAAAGUCGAGAUCAUUGCCAACGACCAGGGGAACAGGACCACGCCCAGCUACGUUGCCUUCACUGAUGCUGAGCGAUUGAUUGGGGAUGCAGCGAAGAAUCAAGUUGCAAUGAACCCCACAAACACAGUGUUUGAUGCCAAACGCUUAAUUGGGAGAAGAUUUGAUGAUCCUGUUGUCCACUCCGACAUGAAGCACUGGCCGUUCACAGUUGUCAAUGACAGUGGCCGCCCAAAAGUGCAGGUGGAUUAUAAAGGCGAGACCAAGUCCUUUUACCCUGAGGAGAUCUCUUCUAUGGUUUUGGUGAAGAUGAAGGAAAUUGCUGAAGCUUAUCUUGGAAAAACUGUGUCCAAUGCUGUUGUAACAGUGCCAGCUUACUUCAGUGAUUCUCAGAGGCAAGCUACAAAAGAUGCCGGGACGAUUUCAGGGCUUAAUGUUCUGCGAAUUAUAAAUGAACCUACUGCUGCAGCCAUUGCCUAUGGCUUGGACAAAAAGGUUGGAGCAGAGAGAAACGUCCUGAUCUUCGAUCUUGGUGGCGGCACCUUUGACGUGUCCAUCCUGACCAUCGAAGAUGGAAUCUUUGAAGUGAAGUCCACUGCUGGAGACACCCAUCUGGGGGGAGAGGACUUCGACAACCGCAUGGUCAACCACUUCAUCGCCGAGUUUAAGCGCAAACACAAGAAGGACAUCAGCGACAACAAGAGAGCUGUUCGCCGUCUCCGCACCGCCUGUGAAAGAGCCAAGCGCACCCUGUCGUCCAGCACCCAGGCCAGCAUAGAGAUCGACUCCCUGUACGAGGGCAUCGACUUCUACACCUCCAUCACCAGGGCUCGCUUUGAGGAGCUGAACGCCGACCUGUUCCGUGGCACCCUGGACCCAGUGGAGAAGUCCCUCCGCGACGCCAAGAUGGACAAAGCCCAGAUCCACGACAUUGUCCUGGUCGGUGGCUCCACUCGCAUUCCCAAGAUCCAGAAACUGCUGCAGGACUUCUUCAAUGGAAAGGAGCUCAACAAGAGCAUCAACCCUGAUGAGGCUGUAGCCUAUGGUGCAGCUGUCCAGGCCGCCAUUCUGUCUGGAGACAAAUCCGAGAAUGUCCAGGACCUCUUGCUGCUGGAUGUCACUCCUUUGUCCCUGGGCAUUGAGACAGCCGGUGGGGUGAUGACUGUUUUGAUCAAACGCAACACCACGAUUCCCACAAAGCAAACCCAGACUUUCACCACCUACUCCGACAACCAGCCUGGUGUGCUCAUUCAGGUUUAUGAAGGUGAGAGAGCCAUGACCAAGGACAACAACCUGCUGGGCAAGUUUGAGCUGACUGGCAUUCCCCCGGCACCCCGCGGUGUUCCUCAGAUCGAAGUCACCUUUGACAUCGAUGCCAACGGCAUCAUGAACGUCUCCGCUGCUGACAAGAGCACUGGCAAGGAGAACAAGAUCACCAUCACCAACGACAAAGGUCGACUCAGCAAGGAGGACAUUGAGCGAAUGGUCCAGGAGGCCGAGCAGUACAAGUCUGAAGAUGACCAGCAGCGUGACAAGGUGUCUUCCAAGAACAGCCUGGAGUCAUACGCCUUCAACAUGAAGUCCACUGUGGAGGAUGAGAAACUGCAGGGCAAGAUCAGCGACGAGGACAAACAGAAGAUCUUGGAGAAAUGCAACGAGGUCAUCAGCUGGCUGGACAAGAACCAGACUGCUGAGAAGGACGAGUUCGAGCACCAGCAGAAAGAGCUGGAGAAGGUGUGCAACCCCAUCAUCACCAAGCUGUAUGAGAGCGCUGGGGGCAUGCCAGGAGGGAUGCCGGGUGGUAUGCCUGGUGGCUUCCCAGGGGCUGGUGGUGCCCCAUCAGGCGGCGGCUCCUCUGGACCAACCAUCGAGGAGGUUGAUUAAACGGGUCACGUCAUCACAAAGUUAAACCCCAGUGGCCCAAUCUGUGACCUGAAGGCUGGCUGAAGGCGACAUUCAAAAUGGCUUCAGUUUGAAUGUGUAAACUUGCAUUUAGAUCUAGCUGAAGCUAGCCAGUCCUACAAUUGGAGUCCUGGUGCAUAAAGGAAAAAUAAAUUAUAAAAACCUAAAA